CACGCCCAAUAGCCAAACACAACACAUUUACGCAAAAUAUUAAUAAAAUACGGAAUGUAAUUAGUAUAUAAAUAAACAUGAAUAAACUAUUUAUUAACUAUAAAUAAAUAUUUAACCAUGUAUAUUUCAGCACAAGAUGUACUAACUACUUAGUUCCCCACUCCCCCAAAAAAGUGUGUAAAAAAGUUUACUUUUGUAGCUUAUUUUAUCUUUGUUUACUUUCCAGAUUAAUCCAACUAGAGGCAUUUCAUUUGUCAUGAACUCUCCCCUUCCAAUUAUCCAGUAAUAUCGUACAUUGAUAUACAGUCAUUUCACCAUGCGAUGGAUGUUGGUUAACAGCAAUGUGAUGUCACAGGCCCCCUAACUUUUUUUACCACAUUUGUGUCGAUUCAAUUGACCGACUUGGAAAAUUCCAAUUCCCCUUUCUUUUCAGCUUUCUUAUGUUACUCUCCUGUCCUGGCUAGUGUGGAUCUUAAGUGACCUAACUCUCUAAACAGGGGAAAUUUGUGCAAAGUAGUUGAAAGUAGACUGAGACGAAAGGGAAGCUCAUCCGACAGGUGUCUAAGGCACUGGCCAAGUCUCUCUCUCUCUCUCUCUCUCUCUCUCUCUCGGUCUCUUCCUCUUUGUCGUUCUCUCUCUCUCUCUCAUGCCAUGGGCAGGUUUUGUGUUUGUGCACGCAUGGCUGAACUUGGAUGGUUCUUCUGACACUCACCCUCUGAAAGUAUAUGAGACUAUUGAGGAUGCUUUGCACCUCUGUGUUUUAUUGUGAAUCCAAAUAAAAGAUAUCAAGUGUGUGUGUGUAUCUGUGUCUGUGUGUACAUGUGUGUUUGACCAUGACUGUUUCGGGACCUUUGCACCUAAAUGUUUAAUUAUGAAUACAACAAAAAUGGUAUGCGUGUGUGAUGUGGGGGAUUAAGGAGAGCAAGAUGUUGCAGGCCAAGAUGUAGGUCAAGGAGAGGGGCUGAGGAGGUUGUACCACCAGACCAGAUUGCUCGUUAAGGACCAAACCAAGCAAAAGUCUAUCUGUGUUUUUCAGUGGCCACAAGCCAGCCAUCUGCUCUUCUUUUAUUCAUUCAGAUGUCUUCCAUGGGCUGAGGGUGUUCAUUUGGGUGUGCGCAUGUGUACGCGUGUGUGCAUGGCCACUUGCGGUCAAAAGUGUACAUUCAUGCCAUUGUCCAAAGCCAGUUGGCGCACGUCCAAACUAAUCUUCUCAGUCACAUGGCCAACGGUAGCUUCUCAUUGGAUGAGGGGAUGGGGUAAAAAAUCCUGACCCAACGGUGUCUCGGGAGUUUUGGUGGCAGAGGCAAAGUGGGCACAGCACGGAUACCCAAAGGAUGUUACAGGGAGGAGUUCCCUGUAAAAAAAAACAGAAAACAAAGAGAGAGUGACACGGGAAAUAGUGGAAGAGAAGUAAAAGAGAGGAAGUGAUGACCCAAGCAGAGAGAUGAUGAUCCCACAACUAAAUGACUAACAAACUCUAGUUUUAACCAACAUACCUAAAGAAAGGGUCCGGCCCUUAAAGUGAACCAAAUUAUCACCAAGGUAACACCUUACCAAACCAAGUCCAGUGAGGGAGAGCGAAUCAACAACAAAGAGUAUCAAGAUGAAGCUGGAGACAGCCCCAGAUAUGAGUGAGUGGCAAGAGGACGACUUUGCCCUCAACUGCACCUACAUUGUCCCUGACCAGAUGUCAGCCCCCAGCAUUGGCCUGCCCAAAGCCAUGAUGUCCAUACCCCGCAACCUCACCUUUGAGUACAACACAGAGAAUGAGGUGACAGGCGUUUUCAGCAAAGAGUACAUUCCCCAAGGAACUCGCUUCGGGCCCCUGCAAGGUGACAUAUACAACAAAGACAACGUCCCCAAACAGGCCAACAGGAAAUACUUCUGGCGGAUCUAUAACAGAGGGCGGCUAUACCACUUCAUCGACGGCUAUGACGUGCGGAGCAGCAACUGGAUGCGCUACGUCAACCCGGCGCGCUCGCUGUCCGAACAGAACCUGGUGGCGUGUCAGAAUGGACGAGACGUCUACUUCUACACCAUCCGGCCUGUGGAGGCCAAUCAGGAGCUGCUGGUGUGGUACAGCCAAGAGUUCGCCGGGAGACUGUGCAGCCAACCGGGAGACGAGCUCAAACAAAAACACAUAUGCAGAGAUGUCAGAGAAUCUGAGUUCACCAAACAACACCUACCUCAGCCGACCUGGCUCCUGAAAAAGGACGAUAUGAAGGACGAGAGAGAAGAUGAAGGAGAGGAGAGAAUCGACGUAGAGGUGCUGGAGAGAGACACUCCACCCGACACGCCAGACGACCAAAUCAUGGAUUUCAGCCAGAAGAUGGAGAAGGAGGAGGUAACCCAGGACCACCGGGGAGCCAUACCCUCUCCUCAACACGACCAGAGAGAACCCAACCUGGCAUCUCACGACUACGGUUUCCCUGAGCACCACCCUAUUGCCCCCUCCCCGCACCGUGACCUCCCCCUCCACCUCCACGGGCUCUACAGCCACAGAGAGGGCCUAGUGUCCUCCUACCCCCUCUACUACCCCUCCAGACCCCUUCAAUCCACCCAUCAGCUUCUCCCCACAUACAGCAGGCCCCACUACCCCUACCUCCUCCCCCAGUACUCCCCACCUUUCCCUGGGAUGCUCCCUUCCAGAGGCCACCUGCAGCACAGUAGCUACCUGGGUAGCGAUGGACUUCCAUACCCCUCCAUGACUUACCAGCCUGGUCUGCUCCCAGUGCCUCUGCCCUACCCCGGAGCUACUCAGGGAGGGCUGAAAGAGAGGACCCCAAAUAUGUCACCUCCUCAUGGAGCCCCAGCCACCCCAGAGCUCUCCCCCCCGCCCAAGCAAGAGCACCAGAUGCCCCUGCAGUCACCCUCUGGCUGUGAGGAGGCCAUGAACCUCAGCCUGGACAUGCCAAAGAGCAGCCCCUCGCCACCCGCUGCCCCUCGGUACAAAUCCCAACCCUACCCCCUGAAGAAACAGGACGGAAAGAUCAAGUACGAGUGCAACGUCUGCCUCAAGACUUUCGGACAGCUGUCCAACCUCAAGGUGCAUCUGAGAGUUCACAGUGGAGAGAGGCCCUUCCAGUGUCACCUGUGUCAGAAGAGCUUCACCCAGCUAGCCCACCUGCAGAAGCACCACCUGGUCCACACAGGAGAGAAACCACACGAGUGCACGGUGUGUGACAAGCGCUUCAGCAGCACCAGCAACCUCAAGACCCACCUGCGGCUCCACUCGGGUGAGAAGCCCUACGAGUGUAAGCUGUGUAGCACCAAGUUCACCCAGUACAUUCACCUCAAGCUGCACCGACGCCUGCAUAGCGCCCGCGACCGCCCCUACCACUGCCUGCUCUGCGCCCACGCCUUCCUCCACCGCUUCUCGCUGCGCAUCCACCAGCACAGCUGCUGUCCCGCUUCCCAGGCCCACGCUAAACCCCAUGCCCACGCCCACAUCUGUGAUCUGGUUGAGCGCUUUGACACCAGCCCCGAGGCGGACACGCUGCCUGAAGGGGCAGGGCCGGCCCAGGUGGAAGCUGCAGUGGAGCGCUGGGUGGCCCGGAGCUUGGAAGGGCGAGACGGCAAGGAGGACCAGAGUGAAGCCACCCUGCUGCUCAAGGCCCUCACGGCGGCCAUUAACACCCCAGCUCCUCCCACCACCUCAUCUCAAAGCCCUACUUCAGCCUAUCAGGAGAGGGCCAGCGUGGUACGCUUCUACAACCGGCCAAUGGUGAAGAUGCAAGGGCAGUAGGGCAAAGUGGACGGACCCUUGUGGGGAGGGAAUAAGAGAGACAUUUUUAGGGUCUACCUCCUGAACGAAGGCCAUUUAAUGUUGCUAAGCUAGAGAACAAUCGAUAAAGUUGUCGCCAAAAAAAAAAAAAGUAUUUCCCCAAGGGGAAGAGAGACUAUUAAAAGCCAAUAAGAGAGCAGCACCAAAACAAAGAUCAUUCCAAAGACAUGGUGUCUUCUUAUUAGCAGUGAUGUGCUCGCGACCGUUUUCACUCAGGUUUACAGGUGUAAUUGACAUGGGAUGUGUGAAAGAGUUUGCUGUACCCUCCUUUUUUGUAUGAGUGCUUGUCAGCUAUAUUUGUUCAGUUGAGUGAUUAUUUUAAUUGUUUGCGUAAUGUUACAUGUCUUGAUACUUCCAAGGAGGCUUAUUCCUUGGAAAACCCCUGGACCAUUGCCAGGAACUAUUACUGGGAUAUUUCAUGUUUUAUUAGUGGACAAGUCUUUGUGUGUAUUUAUUUAUUUAAUGCUCAAAGGGCAGACCAGAGAGCUUGAAACUAUGUGAAUGUAUUUGCCAAAAAACAACAAGAAUCAAAGAAAAUAUGAGGAUAAACGGGGCUUAUGUAGCAUAACAAUUUUUGUUUACUUAAAUAGUGUGUUCUAAUGUAAUGUAGCAAAAUGGAGGAAAAAAAGCAAACUAAAUGUAGUCAGAAUGUUAUAACGUUCCGGUUCGAUGCAAAUAGCUUCUAAGGACUUCCUGUGAGUCAUCUAGCGAUGUAUUGGAGGUGCAUACUUUUGCACAGAAACUUGCAAAAAUAACAUUUUUUUUGUUUGUUUUAUCAAUUUUUUUUCUUGGUAUUUUUGUAUGUUAAAACAUUUAUAUUGCAUUUAUAUUUGUAAGACAUUUUUAACAGUUCUGUUUUUUUUUCAUUGUGUUCCUGAAUAUAUACUGAUAUAGCAUUGUGUUUCUAGCUCUUUCUCUUUGAUUCAGUUGUUAUCUACCGACUGUCGAUAAAGCUUUAUUUAAUUCGUCCUCUAUACUGGUGGUAGAUGUGAGCCAGAACCAAAUGUACUGUAGUCUGUAUUGCACAUACCCCUUAACUCAGUCUGCUCCUAGUAUUACUGUAUAUAUACUCAGGUGAAUGGCUCUAGUCUCUUGUUAUUUUACCAAAACUAUCGACACAAGUAGCACUGGAAAAAGCCCGGAACUAGAUCCAUGUGCACCAAGGUUUCUUUUACCUAAAACAAAAAUCGUGGAAUAGUUAUAACAUUGUUACUACUCUGAGUGAGUCGUGAAUAGAUUUUUUAUAAACACAUAUUUGUAGUUUUUGUACAGUAUUUUGAUGAUACUUUCAUAGUAAAUGUCUCACAUUAAACAUAUUGUUUCUCAAAA